AACGACACCAGUGAGGAUGAUCAUCGAGAGCUACUUGACGGCGUUGCUGCGAGGUCGCCGCCGUAGAUCUCUAUUCUUCGCUUGCACGUUCGAAGGAGAUGACCGUUGGAAUAGCGCCCGAGAUCACGCAAGCCAAGCCUAAAUACGGGAGUUAUCCGAGUCUUUACAACAGUGGUAGCACAGGAUAUCUUUCACAGUCUACGUACUUGCUCGCUGGGCACUUUCACAAGGAUUUCUUCAAUUCAAUACCUCCCCCAGCCUCUGCUGAGAACAUGCUCAAAGAUAAUGACGCCCCAAGUGGACUUGUACAUAAGUUGGACAGCCCAAACAUGAUACUCGGACAGACUCUCGAUCCUCUGCUUUCACGAUCAUCUCUUCAGUGGGACUGGGAUAUUGAGCAUGAAGAUCGGAAGCUCGAGGCGAAGGCUGAUGCUCUAAUACGCGCCGCACCACCCUUUCAGGUCGAUCGGAAACUACUCAAAGACAUCGUUCACGAGAAAGCAGGUGCAGAGGUAGCUCGCAUCAAGUUUCUCGGUGCAGGAACUUUCCACAAAGGUUAUCUUGUAACGUUGGUCGAUGGACGAGAAGUUGUUGCUCGCGUCGCUCGUCGGUUCAUGCCGCAUCUCAAGACCGAAUCUGAGGUUGCCACUAUGCGAUAUCUUCGUGAACGCACAAAUAUACCCGUUCCCACCGUGUAUCAUUACGACUCUAACCCAUAUAAUCGUCUCGGCGGAGAAUUCAUUAUCAUGUCCAAGGCCGUCGGGAUCCCCCUCUCUCAUGUUUUUCAUUCCAUGUCGCAUAACCAGCUGAUGGCAUUCAUGGAGAACCUGGCGAUGUUGGUUGUUCCAUUGUUCGCGCAUAGGUUUCCCAAGAUUGGGUCUUUGUAUAGCGGACCUGACCCUGAUCCAGUAUCUGAGUCUACCGACACCGCACCGACACCGACUGCUCCUCAUGUCAUGUCUCAUACUCUGAGUAUGACGCCAGUUCCUCUACACAGCAAGAAAGUCAAGUCGAAAUUCCAUGUUGGUCCCAUUAUAUCCUGGCCAUUCUUCGGCUCUAAUCGUGGGGAGCUGCAACACCCCGACGAAAUGAACAGGGGGCCUUGGCGAUCCACACAUUCAUAUCUCAUGUCUUGUGUUGAACGAGAGAUCACUGGUGUCAUGCUCGAGAAUGAGGGCAAGGCAGCGCCUCAUCGCUUACAUCUUGAUCCUGAUGAAAUCCAUACGUCGAGGCACCACCAUAUAGAAGCAUUGCCGGGUGACGAGAGUGAUACUAGUGACGAAUACGACUGGGAAGAGAGUGAGGAAGAGUGGGAGGGUCCUGGUGAUACCAUGUAUCGCGAUUACAGGCGUAUGCAGAGGUCGACGUUCUUGGUCGCCCACUUGAAAGAGCGUGAACAGAAGGUCAAGGAGGAAAUGGCUCGGUUUGUGAGACUUGUGGAGAGGUUAGGUGCCAUAAUACAUAAGGAAGCUGGUGACGGUGACGCCGCCGAAGAGUUUGCUUUGGAUUGUCAUGAUCUUAGCCUUGAAAACGUCUUCGUUGACGAACACGACAUUGCAAAGAUAACAUGCGUUAUCGACUGGGAAUCCACGACAACACGGCCUUUAUGGGCUGCCGCACACGUUCCGGUGGUACUCCAGACCAGUCCCUUCACAGCGAAACUCUUCCGUGCCACAGUCGAGAAGUUCGCGAAACGUCCGACGAAGAUCAUCGUGAAUGGAGAGAGUAAAGAUCUGGCAGCGGUCGCCCUGGAAUGGCUACAUUAUGAGGCUUGGGGCGUACGGUUACGCAUGGCUCACCGCUGCGUCGAAUGGGAUGGAUGGGAAGAAGGACUUGUUGAUAGUAUCCUUGGGCCUGAAGAUCAUGAAGACGAGUGGUUCAAGAGCUGGGAUCGGAACGAUAUCGGAGACGGCUCUGAUACCGCUGCUGAUGCCGAUAGUCUUCAGACACCCAUCUCCCCAACAUUGACUGGAUCCGAGAGUGGGAGUGAGGGCAGUGAGAAGCGUACCCAAGCCAAGCCCCAGGGUCGCCAGGCUGUCCCCAUGGUGGCGAAGGUGGCAGCGGCGGAGAAGGAGAAAGAGAAGCUGUUGAAUGCCACGGGUGACUAUUGCGGUGGUCGUGGUGGCGAGCUUGGACGACGACUCGAAGCAUGGCUCACUGUCAAUGGCGAUGCUGAAGGUCGUGUGGAACUUGGGAGGAAGUGGAAGGCCCAUGAUGAGGCGAAGGCUUCGUGAAUGAUCUAAUUGAAUUUCUCGCUUGUUAGGGAUCUGGGUCUGUGAGUUCUAUCUGGUUCAUGAUCAUCAUUCUCUUGUCUACCUUCAUUCGGACUACCGCACCCAUUCACGCUGUAUCAUUUGAUUUCCACAAUACGUUACCCGGAUACCGUUCACUUCACUUGUAGUAUGCGAAGUUAAUGUAUAAUUGCAUGUACAUAUAUAUAUAUUUCAGAGAGGUC